GGUUCCGGUUAUUUGUCAUUUGGCGGGAGAAUCUGUCACAGAUUAGCACUUUGGACUGUUGCAAUGAUGAGGCGUUUGUUGCUGAUUUCUAAUUCCACCCUCUAUGGCAGCGGUUAUUUAGAACAUUGUAAAGAUCGAAUCAAGGAAUUCUUGGCCGACAAGGUGAAAACCGUGUUGUUUGUGCCAUACGCUCUUCACAACAGAGACGAGUAUGCAAGCAUUGCACGGAAGGCAUACGAAGAUAUGGGAUACAACUUGGAAAGUAUACAUGAAAAAUCAAGUGCAGUAAAUGCUGUCAGAAAUGCGGAAGCCCUAUUUAUAGGUGGAGGAAACACAUUCAGGUUACUGAAAACUUUGUAUGAUGAAAACAUUGUGGAUGAAAUCCGGAGGCGAGUUCUGGAAGACGGUAUGCCAUACAUCGGAUCCAGCGCAGGGACUAAUGUUUCCACUGUCAGUAUCAAUACCACUAACGAUAUGCCAAUUGUGUAUCCACCUUCAUUUAAUGCCCUUGGAUUGGUACCCUUCAACAUAAAUCCACAUUAUCAAGAUCCAGAUCCCAGCAGUAAACACAUGGGGGAGACGAGAGAACAGAGGAUCAAACAGUAUCAUGAAUAUGAAGAUUCUCCUGCUGUUCUGGGUAUCAGAGAGGGAUGUAUCUUACAUGUUGAAGGAGACAAAGCUAUUUUGAAAGGUGUCACCAAUGCUAGACUCUUUGAAAGAGGAAAGGAGCCUGUGGAAUAUGUCACUGGAUCAGAUAUGAGUUUCUUAUUGAAAUCAUAGUGUCAUUUCUUCUCAUUCCUACAACAACAUUCCUGAGGGUUUUGAAACAACUUACUUAAUGACAUUGACUGCAGUUAUUCUUCUUGGUUGCAUUCUUCGCUUCCAAAGGAUCUUUUUACAGAUUUUAUUUUUACAAAAUGAUAAUUGCUUGUGUUAGCUAGAUAAAGGACAUCAAGGAAAGUUUUUACUGUUUGAUCCACCAGUGAAGUGCAGCUUUAUUUUGCAAGAUAAAUAAACUUUACAUCAAAACUCGUUCUAAAUGUCUCUGUGGAUUAUAGUUUCUGUAGCUAAGGGUUUUUUUGUUUGUUUUUUUUUAAAGUAAGUUCAAUAUUGUCAAUUUUAUGGCCAAAGACUUAUUUUUCCUGCCUUAAUAAUUGUGUAAAAUGUCCAUAUAUGGAAAAAGUCAAAUUUGGAUCUUGAAAAACUUUGAAAGACAAAUAUGUCUGAAAUUUACUUUGCAAAAUACCAUAUAAACAUCUUUUUAAGAUAAUUUCAAAACUGUAAAGAUAUUUGAAAAUUUAAUAAAAAAAAUCCUACUACCUCUGUAGGAGAUCUUUCUUUGAAAUCAUUUAUAUUAAUAUCAGCAACAAUGUUAUAUACUUUAACCUUUAGCCUGCUGGCAGCAAGUGAUUCUGCUCUGCGACCAGUGCAGACCAAGAUCAGCCUGUACAUCUGUGCAGACUGAUCAUGGUCUGCACUGUUCGCUAUUCAGUCAGUAAAUUUUCAUUGAACACCCUUUUGAAUAAAUGGUAUUGCCAUAAUUGAAUGAUGGACCAGUCCAUUUUAGAAAUUUAGCAGUCUAAAGGUUAAAGAAUAGUUUGGGGAAAGCCUUUAACGGUAAAAGGGAGAUCAAACAAGUAAGGGUACAAUCAGACUGUGGACCAAAUCAUCAAAGACAUAAAUGUCAGAACUAGUAAGAAUGUGUUGUCUUGGUAAUUAUGAAUCCUUUUGACCAAAUCACUAUAUAGCAUGUAAAUUAUGUGAUAACAGAUUUUUGUCAGAGUGUCUACUGGUGAAUUUGGAUGUAUAACUCCAAAAAAUUAUUGUCUUUAGCUCGACUAUUCGAAGAAUAAGUAGAGCUAUCCUACUCAGCACGGCGUAGGCGUCGGUGUCAGCGUCACACCUUGGUUAAGUUUUUCGUACCAGUGCACAUUUUGACAAAGUCUUUUGAGAUAAAGCUUUGAAACUUUCAACACUUGUUUACCAUCAUCAUGGCCAGUUAAAGGCAAGAGCGCAUAACUCCAUCAAGGAUUUUGGCUGAAUUAUGGCCCCUUUUGACUUAGAAAUCAUGGAUAAGUUUUUCGUACCAGUUCAUAUUUUGACAAAGUCUUUUAAGAUAAAGCUUUGAAACUUUCAACACUUGUUUUCCAUCACCAUGGCCAGUUAUAGGCCAGAGUACAUAACUCCAUCAGGGAUUUUGGCUGAAUUAUGGCCCCUUUCGACUUAGAAAUCUUGGUUAAGUUUUUCGUAUCAGUUCAUAUUUAGACAGUCUUUUGAGAUAAAGCUUUGAAACUUUCAACACUUGUUUACCAUCACCAUGUUCAGUUAUAGGCAAGAGCACAUAACUCCAUCAAGCAUUUUGGCUGAAUUAUGGCCCUUUUUGACUUAGAAAUCUGGGUUAAUAUUUCGUACCAGUUCGUAUUUUGACAAAGUCUUUUGAGAUACAGCUUUGAAACUUUCAACACCUGUUUACCAUUACCAUGUCCAGUUAUAGGCAAGAGUACAUAACUCCAUCAAGGAAUUUGGCUGAAUUAUGGCCCCUUUUGACUUAUAAAUCUUGGUUAAGUUUUUCGUACCAGUUCAUAUUUUUUGUUAAGUGUUUGACAUAUGGCUUUGAAACUUUUAUCACUUGCUUAGUAUAAUAGUCUCCAUUUGUAGGAAAGAGAACAUAACUCUGUCAUCUAUUUUAGCUUAAUUAUGGCCCUUUUUUGGACUUUGAAAUUGGUUCUGUUUUCAUACAAGUCCAUGUUUUGUCAAAAAUAUUUGCCAUAUGGCUUUUAAACUUUGAACACUUGUUUAUCAAUAUGAUUUCCAUCUGUAGGCAAGAGUACAUAACUAUUUUGACUGAAUUAUGGCCCUUUUUGGACUUUGAAAUUGGCUCAUAUAUUGCCAUUUAGUGCAAGACUUAUCGAAAUCAAAGUAAUACAGGAACAUUGUUUGUCUUAUCUAUUUAUUUCUUUUGUCUGAAUAUCCGUGGAAAUAUUUUGACCCCAUUCUUCAAUCAAUUCUUCGAAUAGUCGAGCACGCUGUCAUCAGACAGCUCUUGUUAUUAUUGUUGCUGCUAAAAUUUGGAAUGAGACAUUUUUGCAAAAUAAGAACAUAAAUUAUCAUGUAAUUUC